GUACAUUUCUUUUUUUGGUUUUUCUUUUUAUUAUUUUAUUACUAAAUGACUAGUUUUAAAGAACUGAAGCAAAGACUAUUUCACCCAUAUUAUAUUAUUCAUUUUCUAUAUGGAAGUUGUUAUGUUGUCAUUCGACUAAUUCAAUUAUGGAAGACACAAUCUAUUAACCUACAAGAAACUGAAGCCAAGGCAUUCUUAUUGCUCACAUUUUUGAUUAUUUGGAAAUGUAUUAUAUCCAUAUCUGCAGAAGAGUUAUCGAGUGUUAUCAUUUUAUACACAAAGUUUUUUACUCUCUGUAGUCUAUUUUGGAGAAUUGGAUUUUGGACAUCUUUCUUUUACAUUGUUGGCUGGAUAGUCUUUUCUACACUUUUUCCACAGCCUUGGUACAGAGGGCCUAGUGAAGUUGCCGACUUGACUGAGAGUUCGUUCCGAGAGAAUGUGCUUUUGAAGAAAUCAAACACAUCCAAGAUUACAGAGAUCAAUCCAGACGAUGACACCAAGUAUUGGAUUGUAAUGCUCUAUGCUAAUUGGUCAGUGGCCUGUUUAAAUUUUGAAGCAGUCUUUGCCAAGCUUUCAUUAGAGUAUAAGGAUGUACCACAUUUAAAGUUUGCAAAGGUCGAUAUUGAUGUAUACUCUGAUUUGGCAGAGGAAUUUGGAGUGAGCAAGGAUCCAGCCUCAUUUGAUCUGCCUACACUCAUCUUAUUUCAUCAAGGCAAAGAGAUCAGACGACUUCCCGAGCUGACAGUGACAAAGGAAGGAGAGACAACGUCUAGAACAGAUGCAGCAAAGAAUACAAUCACUCGUUUAGGAUGGAGCAAAAAGCCUGCAACCAUUGUCCAAUCAUUUUACUUGGAAGAAAUCAAGCAUGAAAAAAAGCAUCAGUAACCAAACUGCAGUAGAAAGGAACUCAUUACGUAAUAAAAGAACCCUUACUUUCUGCAUAUGUCAUGUUGAUGUUUUCCUUUGAUUCUUUAAAAAGCAUCAUUCACAGGCUUAGAUAAGGAGAUGUUUUAAAUAAUUUAUGCUUUCUUGUAGAUUGGCUGCGCGUCAUAGUCGGGUUUGAAAAGAAAGAGAGGGAGGGGGGAAAGCAAUGAAAAAUAAGGGAAACUGAAAUAUUUCAGAUUAAGACUGUAAUCAUCAUGAAUGCCAGUUUA